AUGAGUACAACGAGAGACUCCCAGCAGAGUCUUCUACAUCCAUUUCUUUCUCAUCUUAUUGCUCUCCUGUCAACCUAUGAACUAUAUCCUAUGUCGACAACAUCUCCAAGAUAUGAUGGGCCUGCAGAUUGGCAGACAGACACUAUCCUUCUCUCUCUAGGGGCAGUUGCACGCAGAAUGUUCACUGCGGAGGAUAAUCUAGCCUCAAUCAAGGCUUCUGAGUGUUGGCAAACAAAUGGGCCAGAGACAAAGAAAAGACGCAGUACCAACUCCUCAAACAUCGCACCUACUAUAGAUUCAAUUGAUCUCGACAUGAAGUGCGCCGAUAGUGUGAAUGGCGUAGCCAGUGACGACCAUACACCGGUCAAUAAACUACACUCCACUCGUGCAGGUUCAAUGUCAUUGUCACUCGACGGACUCCCAAGUCAUAUUGAUGCCGCCACACUCCUUCAGUCAUUUGCAAAGCGGACCUCGAAGCCAGUACCACCCACAUCACACAUCGAAUACAUGGCUUGCCCAACGUGUGGGAAGACUACUACCGAUACUUUGAUGAUGGGCCGAAUUAAUAGUAGCUUCGAUGGCUCGCCCAGAGGAUCUCCUCUUAUCGUCCCUCCUGGUCCUCUUCCUGCAGCAGCAUUCGAAAGCGGCAUGACCGUCGAAGAAGAACUAAGGUUGCUCAAGGCUCAGGUCCAAGAUGUCGCUCGUGGUGUGGUCAUGGUUCAAUUGAAGGACAUCAUAAAUACUAUGGGACAGUUUUCUCAAGAGGUCACUCGUGUCAGUCAAGAAAUCGGUACAGAAGGUAAACUCGGUGGACAGGCUCUCGUGUUGGAUGUCGAAGGUACCUGGCGGGAAAUGAUUGGCAUUGUCAAUAAAUUAGCUGCCAAUUUGACCAGUCAAGUCCGAAGCAUCACUAAGGUCACUAAAGCUGUUGCACAGGGAGAUUUGUCGAAACAGAUUGAUAAUACCCUUCGUGCAUUAGCCACCGAAGUUACCCGUGUCACAUCAGAAGUCGGUUCUCAAGGCAAGUUAGGCGAUCAAGCGCACGUACCAGACUGUUCAAGGUUAAUCGGACUGUGUUCAAGCUUGACGGACCAAGCCGUCGCUAGGGGCGAUUUGACGCAGAAGAUCGAGAUCCACGUCGAAGGCGAGAUGUCAACGUUGAAGUGCACUGUCAAUUCCAUGUCCGAAGUCACUCGUGUCGCGCUUGAAGUCGGUACGCAAGGUAUGUUGGGUGGUCAGGCUCGCGUGGAAGGUGUACAGGGUACCUGGGCUGACUUGACACGCAAUGUGAACAAAAUGGCUAGCAAUUUGACUGACCAAGUACGAUCGAUCUCGGAGGUCACAAAAGCUGUUGCCUUGGGCGAUCUAAACAAAGUCGUCAACGUCGAUGUACAAGGAGAAAUGCUAGAUUUGAAUAUGACUGUCAAUUCUGUGGUUGUCCAAUUAUCUACGCUCGCCAACGAAGUCGCCCGUGUGUCUUUGGAAGUGGGUACGGAAGGUAUCUUGGGUGGGCAAGCGUAUGUCCCUGAUGUGCAGGGCAUGUGGAAGGUUCUUACAGAUAAUGUUAACCUCAUGGCUAUGAAUUUGACCAACCAGGUGCGGUCGAUUGCAGCAGUGACGAAGGCUGUCGCUGGUGGCGACUUGACGAAGAAGAUUGAAGUGGAUGUGCGUGGUGAGAUCAAGGAGUUGAAAGAGACUGUCAAUGGCGUGACUGAGAGCUUGAGUCUUUUCGCUGAUGAAGUGACUCGUGUCGCAAGAGAGGUCGGCACGGAAGGACGAUUAGGGGGUCAGGCUCGUGUAACUAAUGUUGGUGGUACAUGGAAGGGCUUGACGGACAAUGUGAAUGUCAUGGCUGCUAAUUUGACCUUACAAGUCCGAACCAUCGCUGUCGCAACCACUGCUGUCGCCCGCGGAGACCUGACUCAACAAAUCACUGGUAUCUCUGUGUCCGGAGAGAUGCUAAGCCUAAUCAACACUAUCAAUGACACGAUUGCUCACUUGGCAAUCUUCGCCAAAGAAGUCAAGAAUGUUGCAUUCGAAGUCGGUACAGAGGGUAAAUUAGGUGUCCAGGCUGAGGUAGGCAACAUCGAGGGUAUCUGGCGAGCAAUCACGAUGUCCGUCAACACUAUGGCCAGCAACUUGACCGAGCAAAUGCGUGGAUUUUCCCAAAUCUCGGCAGCUGCUAUGGACGGAGAUUUCACUCGUUUCGUCACUGUUGAGGCCAGUGGAGGGAAUGACUUUUUGAAAACACAGAUCAAUCGGAUGAUAUUCAAUCUAUGUGACAGUAUCCAGAAAAAUACAGCUGCGAAGGAGGCAGCUGAGCUGGCGAAUAGGAGUAAAUCAGAAUUUCUAGCAAACAUGUCGCACGAAAUCAGGACGCCCAUGAACGGAAUUAUUGGCAUUACGGAGCUUACUCUUGACUCUGAUUUGAACCGAUCGCAACGAGAGAGUUUGCUCUUAGUACAAUCAUCGGCUCGCUCGUUGCUACUCAUCAUCAAUGAUAUAUUGGAUAUCUCGAAGAUUGAGGCCGGUCGAAUGACAAUGGAAGCCGUCUCGUACUCCCUUCGUCAAACAGUUUUUGGCACACUCAAAACCUUUGUCGUCCGUGCCUCUCAAAACAACCUUGAUCUCACAUAUGAUGUCGACCCGGACAUUCCUGAUCAACUUAUCGGCGACUCGCUACGACUUCAUCAAAUCAUCACGAACUUGGUGGGGAACGCUAUCAAGUUCACAUCUUCCAAGGUCUCCCGCAAAGGCCACGUUGCACUUAGCACAAGGCUGGUAGCGCUGGACGACUCCAGUGUGACAUUAGAGUUCUGUGUCACCGAUACGGGGAUCGGCAUUGCCAAAGACAAACUGAAUCUCAUUUUCGACACGUUUUGUCAGGCAGAUGGUUCGACGACGAGAGAAUAUGGGGGAACCGGUCUGGGCCUUUCCAUCUCCAAGCGCCUCGUCAGCCUCAUGCAAGGCAACAUGUGGGUCGAAAGCGAGGUCUCAAAGGGCAGCAAGUUCUUCUUCACAAUCACAUCGCAAAUUUCUCAAAAUACGCUGGAGACCUCACUGCAAAAGAUGCAGUCAUUCCACAGGCGUGCUAUUUUGUUUGUUGACACCCUCAACGAUACGACCGGGGUUGUCCAAAGGAUCCAGGAGCUCGGGCUGAAGCCAUAUGUCAUCCAUGAUAUUAGUGAGGUGGCCGAUAGGGAACGCUGUCCGCAAUUUGACACUAUCGUCGUGGACUCGUUGAGCACGACCGAAAGUAUCAGGGAAUAUGAGCACCUGCGCUACAUUCCCAUCGUAUUGUUGAUGCCUUCGAUCCCACGUCUGAAUCUUAAAUGGUGCUUGGACAACAGCAUCAGCUCGCAGGUUACGACCCCAGUCACAGCUCAAGACCUUGCUUCUGCCCUCAUUUACGUCCUGGAGUCGAAUACUGUGUCGCCUGUCUCGGCACGAAAUGAUGUUGUCUUUGACAUCCUGCUUGCCGAGGAUAAUAUAAUCAACCAGAAACUAGCAGUCAAGAUUCUGGAGAAGUAUGGUCAUACAGUCGAGAUUGUAGAGAAUGGAAGUCUAGCUGUUGAAGCUUUCAAGGCACGGGUACAAGUGAACAAGUCGUUUGACAUCAUCUUGAUGGAUGUGUCGAUGCCUUUCAUGGGAGGAAUGGAGGCAACUGAGCUCAUCCGAGCAUAUGAGAUGCACAAAGGACUCCAACGGAUUCCUAUCAUCGCCCUCACUGCUCACGCUAUGAUCGGUGACCGCGAGCGAUGCCUGCAGGCAGGUAUGGACGACCAUAUCACUACCCCUUCGUCGCGGAGAUCUCUUGAAUUCGAUCAACAAGCUUGCAAGAGAGAGCGCGCACAGUUAGCCACGCAGCAUCACCUCCUCCACAAGCCACCUGCUCUUAUGGCAUAACUGAUUUUUUUUGUGUAUCAUUUCAUCGUUUCAGGUUUUGCAUACC